CACAACCACUUUACCGCACAUAACAGAAAGCUAGAGAGACUGACCUAUAAAGUCUUUGGGAUUCACACUCAUCCGGUGCCUCGGAGAUGGAAAAACGUGCUCUUUCGGGACCGGCGGAGACCCGCAAAUCACGGAUCUGAUAAUGCAGAGCGGACAAGGAUGCAAGUCUAGCCGAGGACCUUUGCGGACAUAUCUCUUGGGAAUCUCUGAUCUUGACGAACAUCACAGCCGGCAACCAGUGGGGGUUCCAGCACAAAAUGACACUAACGGACCACUAACAGGAAAGAUGGCGGGGUAGGCAGAGGAUACUCCAGAAGACAGGCCUCUGUGCAAUAGGCCGGCGAUUGGUAAAACUUCCUGGUCACCGAUCUCCGACCGUUGUUGCGGCCGACUGGUCCAUAAUUUUGUCUUGGCCAUUUGGGGGGGAAGAACUGUGCCGACAACGGUCGCAGAAAAAUUUGGAGUUGUCCAUUUGCCCAUUUUGCCCAUUCCUCAGCAUUGCCAACUCUCAGCAGCACCAGCCGCUCAUCUGCUUCCCCCACAGGACCCGUCCUGCCACCGUCCUGCCACCGCCAGCGACAACAUCACCAGCCGCAGCGAUUUUGGAAGAAAGAGCCGCUCUCGAUCCCUCUCGGCGACCCCACCCAUACACAAACGACAGGCUGCGGCUUUAUCGCGAGGAGACAGAUUGUUUGGGGCUUUUGCGGUUCUGUGGUUCAGUGGUCCCGCUGUGACCCGGCAGCGCACCUCCAAGAAAGAAGCUCUCUUUUUUUUGUGCUGUUUGCAUUGCGUCACCGACUUCUGCUGCUGAAUCCUGCGGCGCAGAAGCUUCAACACCACACACUCGACCACUCUCCACCCCUCGAUUCUUUUCAGUCUUCACCCUGGCUCUCGAUCUAGGAGCGACGGGAGCCGUGGCUUCCCCAAUGGCCCAGCCAAAUGUCGUACCCGAAGAGGACUACGACUAUGAAGCCCUCCCACCCAACUUCUCGUUGUUGCAGAACAUGGCUGCCGGCGCCUUUGCCGGCAUCGCCGAGCACUGCGCAAUGUACCCUAUCGAUGCAGUGAAGACUCGAAUGCAGAUAGUCAACCCAAGCGCCGGCUCGGUCUACAGUGGAGUCUUCCAGAGCACUUACAAGAUGGCGAGCACAGAAGGUAUUCUGAGUUUGUGGCGGGGCAUGUCCAGCGUAAUUGUCGGUGCCGGCCCCGCGCACGCCGUUUACUUCGCCACAUAUGAAGCUGUAAAACAUGUCAUGGGCGGGAACCAGGCUGGCGUCCAUCAUCCACUUGCUGCUGCGACCAGUGGGGCGUGCGCCACGAUUGCUAGCGAUGCGCUAAUGAACCCCUUUGACGUCAUCAAGCAAAGAAUGCAGAUCGCCGAGUCGGCCAAGCUCUACCGCUCCAUGACCGAUUGCGCCAAGUAUGUUUACAAGAACGAGGGCAUCAAGGCCUUCUAUGUCUCGUACCCCACGACGCUUUCCAUGACGGUUCCCUUUACGGCGCUUCAGUUUCUCGCGUACGAAUCGAUCUCGACCUCGAUGAACCCGACAAAGGCAUAUGACCCAUUCACUCACUGUGUAGCUGGUGCGGUUGCGGGUGGUUUUGCGGCGGCCUUGACCACGCCCAUGGACGUGAUCAAGACCAUGCUCCAGACACGUGGCAGCGCACACGAUGCUGAACUCAGAACCGUCAAUGGCUUCAUGGCUGGUUGCCGCCUUUUGUUCAAACGCGAGGGUGCCAAGGGCUUCUUCAAGGGCGUCCAACCAAGAGUGUUGACGACCAUGCCGAGCACCGCUAUCUGCUGGUCAGCCUACGAGGCUUCCAAAGCCUACUUCAUCCGUCAGAACGACUCGGCCUCUGAGUCCUCCACAUGAUGUGGCCGCUCAACCGAUGCGUCUGCUUGUUCUGUCAGCUAGAACAAGCUUAUUUGCUCGCAUCUGAGGAUCAAAAGAGUCACAUCCAUGUUAGCUCCUCGCCCAGCUCGUGUCUACAUAUGAAAUGAGCUGUGUUUACGUGAGGAGAAAUCUGUAAGAAUUUUGAUGCAACCCGUGUGUGAGACCCACGAUGGUCGAGGCGAGUUAUGGGGGAAACUGGCCCAAACCGGAUGAGGCACUGAACCACAAGCGAGCGUGCGCGCGGGGCUAUAAGCAUUUUGUACAUAUAAUCCCUCUCCUGUCAUCGCUUCUGCCAC